AUGGGUAUAUUCUACACUCUAUACAACACCACAACGUUCCGACUAAACGACUUUCCUGGCCGAACUGCGCUCUACGUGUCCGUUUCGAUUCCUCUAGUGGCAGUUCUUCUAGCUGGCAACAUCCUGGUGGUUGUAACCGUGUUCACCCAGGGAGCUCUGAAGAAACCCUCAUACUACAUCCUGACAAGCCUUGCUAUCACUGACCUCUUGACUGGGAUAAUUGGUGUCCCAUUUGAGGUCUACAGGAGAACUGUAACCGAUGACAUCACCUGCUCAGCAAAAUGGGAUGUAUACCUUACCAGUGUCACCUACAUUUGUGGGCUAGAUUCCAUGUUACUUAUGUUGUUAGUCACAUUUGAUAGGUACCUGGCCGUUGUCAAGCCAUUGAGAUAUAACAUCUACGUGACGCCACGACGUAUACUGAUUGCAGUCAUUCUUACUUGGGUUGUAUCCAUUGCGUACAAUGCAACUCUUAUUGCGCUUGGUAGUUCGCAGGUGACAGUACCAGGCUUUUAUUGCUCUCCUGUUAGAAAAGAACCUUCAGCCGCCACUCUGAUUGUUGAUAUCUUGACUUUUUGUUUGACGCUAUUUGGUGGGGUCACGGUGGUUCUGUUGAAUGUCAUCAUUUUGCGGACUGCUAUAGUGCAGUCUCGCCGCAUAGCAGCGCACCAAUGCUCAUCCGCAGGCCCAGUGGUGGAUGCAGAAGGCCGGGAAGACGCCAGGAGGAAAAUCAAGGCUUCUAAGAUUGUGUUAUUCAUCGUAACUGCUUUCAUCUUUUGCCACCUCCCCGUUGGUAUAAUGCACCUGUGUUUUGUCGUUUCCGAAGACUUCGCGUUGAACAGUGCCCUGACGCACGUGUCCUGCCUUCUCUUCUACGUCAGUUCGGCCAUCAAUCCCUUCGUGUACUCUAAAAUGGAUCGUGUUUUCCGUCAGAGUGUCGUGCGUAUGCUGAGAUCAUGUUGUAAGAAAGAACUCAGAGAUGACACCGGAGUUUCAGCUACUGAUUACUCCAUGACCCAUCAUAAUAACAUUGAAUGA